GGCAAUCAUAUUCUCCGCCAGAGAAAAAACGGAGACCGGUGCGGAGAGCUUCCCUAUUUAAUCCCCUCUCAGGGUUCGCCCCUCACCAUGAGUUACCCUUGACCUCACAAUCUUCUCGAAAGAUAACCUUCAUCUAAAUCAUGGCGUCCAUGUCUACCUCUUCCCUCUCCGCCGCCUCCAGAUCCCUCCUCUUCGACCACCAUCACAACUCCUUUCUCGGUGGCGGCCUUCCCACCCGCGUAACUCCGGUCUCACCCGCCGCCUCCGUUCGCUCCCCCUCCAUAUCCGCCAAAUAUGACAUCCAAUCCUUCAAAUUCGAACCCAUCCGCGAAUCCAUCGUAUCCCGCGAGAUGACCCGCCGCUACAUGACCGACAUGAUAACCUACGCCGAUACCGACGUCGUCAUCGUCGGCGCAGGCUCUGCCGGCCUCUCCUGCGCCUACGAACUCUCCAAGGACCCCUCCAUCCGCGUCGCAAUCAUCGAGCAAUCCGUCUCCCCUGGUGGCGGGGCCUGCCAGCUCUUCUCCGCCAUGGUGGUUCGCAAGCCAGCCCAUCUCUUCCUUGACGAGGUUGGUGUCCCGUAUGACGACAACCACGAGUCCUACGUGGUCGUCCGCCACGCCGCGCUGUUUACCUCGACCAUCAUGGCUAAAGUUCUUGCCCGCCCCAACGUGAAGCUGUUCAACGCCGUGGCAGCUGAAGAUUUGAUUGUAAAGCAGGGGAGAGUAGCCGGAGUGGUGACUAAUUGGGCGUUGGUUUCGAUGAAUCAUGAUACCCAGAGCUGUAUGGAUCCGAAUGUGAUGGAAGCGAGGGUUGUGGUGAGUUCUUGCGGCCAUGACGGUCCUUUUGGGGCAUCAGGGGUGAAGAGGCUGAAGGCGAUCGGGAUGAUCGAUCAUGUGCCGGGUAUGAAAGCGCUUGAUAUGAACACGGCGGAGGAUGCUAUUGUUAGGCUUACAAGGGAAGUCGUACCCGGUAUGAUUGUUACAGGUAUGGAGGUUGCAGAGAUUGAUGGGGCUCCCAGGAUGGGACCGACUUUUGGAGCGAUGAUGAUCUCGGGACAGAAGGCAGCGCACUUGGCUCUUAAGGCCCUCGGAAGGCCAAAUGGGAUCGACAAAACCGUUGGAUCGGUGCAUCCUGAAAUGGUGAUCGCCUCAUCCGACGGCGCGGAUGUGGUCGAGGCCGGGAUUCCUACUUAAUACUCUUGUUCGGAAAAAUAGGUCCGGAGCACGGCGUGGAACGCGUGGUACCACUUUCUCUCAUAAAAGAGUCUCGUGAAUCGUAAUCGUUUUUUUCUGCUUUUGUUUUUCGGAAGUUUAUGUAAUAUUUAAUUUGCCUUUAGAUUAAGACAUCCACUUUGUUAUUUAAUUGGGAUUAUCAUUGUAUUUUAA